GCUCAGUCCAAAAAGCUUCAUGUCGCUGAAGCGGUCGCUGGAGCAAUGCGAAGAACAACAAGAAGCAGAAGCAGAGGAGGAGGACGAGUUUGUGACGGUUCCAAUGUGGCCGGACGACUCUGCAGAUGAGGCUGCGAAUCGCACGGCAACGACAGCGACGACCGCGAGCGAGGCAGAGGCAGAGGCAGAGGCAAGGCGGGAAGCAGCGCGCAAACGGAUUCGCUUGGCGCUGAGCGAGAUGGACAAUGGCGACGAGGCUGGCGAGCCACCAGCCAUGCAAGAGCAAGCGAGGCAAUUCGAAUCGAACGCCACACAUUCUGAGGGUGAAGCGGACAGACCUGCUGCUGCUGCUGGUGCUGCUGGUGCUGCUGGUGCUGCUGCUGCGUCUGGCGUGCAACUUGGAAAACAACAACCACAACAAGCUGUCAAGACGCAGACAAACGCCGCAAAGAACGCCGAGAUGCAAGCGCGCGCGGCGAUCGAGCAGCUCGCAACGGACGACCAGAAAAUGCUCGUGGCCAUGUACAGCGCGAUCGACGCAGCGUGCUCACUGCUCAAGCCGCGUGGAAUCAUCUGCACUCUGAGCCGAAUUUCCAGCACCGUCCAAGCAAUGAGUGGUGUCACUCCGACCUGGAACGUGAUUCAGCGCAUUGCGAAUAUUGCGCCAAGCCAUGUCAUGCUGCAGCACGUUCAAAUGCCGAGUGAAACGCACUCAAAGCAGGAUGCUGCCAUCCGCCGCUACUUGACGCUGGAGCACUAUGGUUCUGCCGCCGCCGCUCGCCCGAGCGCGCUCUAUCAGUCGCGAUUCGCACAGCCCGAUCUCUACGCUCCUCCAAAUGCCGACCAACAGACCCGAAAUGUGCCGUUCAGCAGCAGCAGCAGCAGCGCUGUGCCCGCGCUCGCCUUUGUCCGUGCAGACCCCGCAAUCCGGCACGUGCUUGCGCCUGAUGAGGACCCGUCGACGCAUCUCGAGAUUGUCUUUUCACAUUUGCGGUCGUUUGGUAGCAGCACUGCCAUGUCUGCGGCCCAAUCGACGGCUCUACUCCGAAGAAAGACGCGCUUUGUGCGUUUGCUUCUCGCAGCGGCGGCGGCGUCACCCAACUCUGAAAACCAGUCAACGGACGUUGGCGCUUUCCCGGCUGUCGACCCAGACCCGCCUCAACCGUCCCAAGCAACCCCAGCCGACCUUCUGGCGUUGCCGGUUACAUCGCUUGCCGAUUCGCUUCCCGAUUCGCUUCCUACUACGCCGUUCGUGGCAAAUGAAACCGAAUCAUCGACACCAACAGCACACAAAACUGACGGCGGACCCUUGCAUUCGGCCCAUGAAUUUAUUCAGCAAAUUCAGGCCCAGCCAUUCUAUGAAGGACAAAUUGUGCAUAUUCAGGACAUUCCGGCCAGGCCGGCCCAAGUGAAGCCCUUGACAAUCAACCUGCACCCUGCCAUGCGCGCUGCUCUUGUUGAGCGUGGGUUUGACUCGUUGUACUCUCAUCAAGUCGAAGCACUGGAGGCGCUAUGGAAAGGCCAGCAUGCCAUUGUUUCGACUUCAACCAGCAGCGGCAAAUCGCUCAUUUAUAAUGCCACUGCGAUCAAUGCAGCCUUGAUGAACCGACAAGCUUUGGCGCUCUACCUUUUCCCCACAAAGGCUCUGGCUCAAGACCAACUUCGGGCGCUGAAUGCACUGCUGGCGCUGUCUUCUCUCGUGCCCUAUCAGCUGUUUGCGGCCACACUGGACGGUGACACCCCCAAAAGCGAGCGAGCCAACGUGCGCGAGAGCGCGUCGGUCGUGUUGACAAACCCGGACAUGCUUCACGUCAGCAUUUUGCCCCAGCACAAAAAUUGGCCGCGUCUCUUUUCGCAGCUUCGCCUUGUCGUUGUCGAUGAGGCACACGUCUACUCGGGGGCGUUUGGCUCUCAUGUUUCAUGCGUGCUUCGGCGAUUGCGGAGGCUCUGCGAACUCUACGGCGCCGCGCCUCAGUUUAUCUGCUGCUCGGCCACGAUUUCCAACCCUCGCAACCUCAUGUCGCAGCUGAUUGGCGUUCCAGAACCGGAGAUUGCGGUGAUUUCCCGCGACGGCUCUCCAUCGGGGCACAAAAAGUUUGUGUUUUGGGACCCGAACGCAAAGCUGUGGCGGGCCAUCACAGCAGCAAAGCAAGCUGCUGCGCAAGCUGCCAAGGCGCGGAACGACGCAACACGUCACUCGGUUUUUGUUGAAGAAGGAGGCGCACCAGCAGCAACUGCCGAAGCCAAACACCAAGAAUCAUCCUCGUUCGCGUCCAUGUUCGGAGGUUCGGAAGCUCUGCGUUCCUCGACAGUCGAUCUGACGCAGUUUUUCGAUGCAGAUUUGCUUCACCAGAUGGCCAGCUUGAGCUCUGACAGUGUGUCGUCCGUAGAAGAAAGUGGUCUGGACAGCAGCCGGACUCUUUCCGAUCCCGAUCUCGCACUCAUCUCCGAUGCACUGUCGCCUGGGCCGUCCGUCGCCUCGACCGCUGAAGCAACGACUCUGCUACACAAGCCUGCUGCCAUGGUGCCCGCUAUCGCGGCCAGUGGCCCAGAUUCCGGCAGCUUCAAUCCAGUCACCGUGCUGUCUGGUAGCCGACCCGGCUUCACCACUGCGUCGUCUCUCGUCUCCACGGCUUCCUCGCACCCGCAUCCCAACGAAGGCGUUUCGAUUAUUUUGCGCGCGUUGAGUGAUCCUCAUCGUCGCCAGCACCUGCUAAAGUCACCGUUGGUCGCCUGUGCGCAGAUUCUCCGACUCGCAGUCAAGCUGGGCCUCCGGACGAUCGCAUUUGCACGAAUCCGCAAGGUCUGCGAGCUCAUGCUCAGGUAUACUCACCGCUUUCUCGUCGAAGAAGGGCUGGCAUCGCUUGUGCCAAAGGUCACCUCGUACCGUAGCGGCUACUCGAUUCCGGAUCGCCGCCGAAUUGAACGCGGGCUCUUCCACGGGCAUCUCACGGCCAUCACGGCGACAAACGCCCUCGAGCUGGGCGUGGAUGUCGGAACACUGGAUGCGACGCUGCAUCUCGGCUUUCCCAGCUCACUCUCGUCGCUGUGGCAGCAGGCCGGUCGCAGUGGCCGGAACGAACGACCAAGCGUUUCCAUCUUCGUGGCCUACCCCUCCCCGAUCGAUCAGCACUUUUGCCGCCACCCUCUCGAAAUUUUCACUCGAGAAAUGGAAGCUUCAUGCAUUGAUCCCGGAAACGAGAGCGUGCUUUGGGGUCAUUUGUUGUGCGCCGCAGCCGAGCAUCCCCUGACCGACGCAGACAGCCAAUGGUUUGGCCCCACUUUUGACAGCGUAGUUGCCGUCAUGUUGGCCGGUCGACGACCCGGUGGUGUCCCCAUGGAUGGCGGAGCCGUGCUGGCUCGCCGAAACGGUCUGUACGUGCAAACCUUUCGAAUUGAGGUUCCUUCGGCGGCCGUCAGCAUCCGCAGUAUCGACACAAUUCGCUACAAGGUCGUGAACGAACUCACUGGCGAAUGCCUGGACGAGAUUGACGAGUCGCGGGCGUUCUUUGAAAUCUAUGACGGCGCCAUCUACUUGCAUCAAGGGAACGAGUACUUGGUGCGCAAGCUCGAUUUAACCGAACGCAUCGCCUUUGUAAAGCCCUGCAUCGCUGGAUACUACACAAAGCAGCGUGAUCGAAAGGACGUGCAAACUUUGCGGGUGAUUAAGAGCGGCAGCGCAACCAGGCAAGUUCUCUCAACCAUUUCGCAGCCCGAGGAGCAACAACCUGGGACCUUAGAGUGGGCAUUUACUGAGCACCAUGUCGACCAUGACCACCCAACCCUGCAUCCUGUGAGAAAUCGAGAGUCAUUAAGUGCCCACCAGCAACCGGGCAUUCCUGGCAGCCCAAAUGCAGAAACCCCUCCUCCUAGCUUGACCCCCUACCCAACUCCCGCACAUCGUGAUGAUGACCAUCUGCCGUCAAGCCCCAGUAGACGGCGAUUCAUGUCUCGAGAAGCUCUGGCGCGCCCCCACGGACGACUGCAACGUCCAGAAUUUGUGCCCAGCGGUUUCCAGACGACUCUGCAGCAAGAUGUCCCUCCAAGCUCGUCCGAAGCAGUCCCGCAUGAGGUCAUUCCGGCCGGCACAAUAAGCUGCAACUACGCAAAGGCCAAUGUCUGCUUGAGCGUGUUUGGAUUUAAGAAAAUUUGGCAAAAGAAUUCGGCAGUGUUUGAUCGGCUGCCGCUUGAUCUGCCUCCAGUGGAAUUCGAGACAUACGCCAGCUGGAUUGACCUAUCACAAUCCGUCAAGCGCCACGUUGAAGCCUGUGGGUUUGAGUUUCGAGCCGGAGCCCACGGUGCAGCUCACGCCGUUCUCAACAUGGUGCCGCUGUUUUUAUCGUGCGACCCAAACGACCUCGGAACGGAGUGCAUCAGCAUUAGCGAGACCCGCCUGCGACCUCCGCGCAUUCUGCUGUACGAUACUAGACCUGGCGGUGUUGGGCUUGCUCUCAAAGCGUACCAUCUCUUGCCGGCUAUGCUCGAAGCAGCAUAUCAGCUUGUGCGCGAGUGCGUGUGCGACAACGGCUGCCCGUCCUGCAUCCACGCCGUCACCUGCAGUGAGCAUAAUUCAGUGAGUGACAAAUCCGCGGCUCUCGAGAUCAUGCGGUGUGUUCUUGCGGGUGGUGAUCCCUCGGCAAAAGUCGUAGCGGCCAAUCCUUCUUCGUCGCAAGUGACUCACCGCGCACACGACCGUCCCUGACUCUCGGAAGUUGGCUGUGUUCUCUCGCUGAACACCUCCGUUGCCAACUUCUGGAUUGAGGUCAACAACAUUCACGCUGCCGUGUCGCCGGCCUCCCGACCCUCCGCCGCGAUGCCAACUCGAAAGCUGCGGUUGCCAGCCUCAUGAAGGAAGCCAAAGCUGCUCCCAACAAUGCCGGAGCGACCAAUUUCCAGUCCCUUGUUGACUAUUCAAACGGGUGCUCGUUGUAGAUCUAAUGCAUGUCCCGCAAGUUUGCCGAACAACUUUUCCCUUCAGAUCCGCACCAAAAUUACCAACUCGCCUAUUUAAUUUUGUUCUUCAAAGUUUU